AUGGCCCCGUCAACAGCCCUGCUGCAACUUCUGCAGAGCGUCAUUCCGCAAAACGACCGCAAAUCCCUCCGCGAUGAAGUGAUCCCGACAAUCCUCGGCGCCGUCUCAGACAUCGCCAAGACGCUCCAGACAUCUCACCACGUCUCCCUGGCCGGCACUGCAAACUCCUUCGGCGACGACCAGCUCAACGUCGACGUCGCGACUGAGAACGUCAUGCGCGCCGCCAUCGCCACGUGCCCUUCUAUCCACACCGCCAGCAGCGAGGAGGACCCCGUGGAAAAGCCUGCGAGGGCAGCAGCCGCAAGUGACUCCGCCGCGACAACUUCAGAGGAGUACACCGUCGCAUUCGACCCUCUGGACGGCAGCUCCAUCAUCGCGCCGAACUGGACCGUGGGCACCAUCGUCGGGAUCUGGGACGGACGCACGGCCGUGGGGCAGUCGCCGGCGGAAAAGCAGGUCGCUGCUGUCAUGGGCGUCAUCGGCCCCCGGACGACGGCCUUCGUGGCGCUGCGCAUCCCCGGCUCCGAGCCGGCGUGCUUCGAGGUCGGACUUGGUGGCGACGAUGGGGUUUCUGGGUGUGAGAUCAUCCGGUCGGUCGUGAAGCUGGCGGAGGGCCCUUUCAAGACGCGGUACUUCGCGCCGGCGAACCUGCGCCACGCGGCGGAUGACGAGAAGUACAGUGCGCUCAUCACGCGCUUCAUCCGGGAGAAGUACACGCUGAGAUACUGCGGCGGCCUUGUUCCGGAUAUCGUGCACACGCUUGUCAAGGGUCACGGCGUGUACGUGAUGCCCGUGACUCCGGGGACACUGCCAAAGCUGAGGUUCUUGUACGAGCUUUACCCUAUCGCUCUCAUUUUGGAGUGCGCUGGGGGAAAGGCUAUUGAUCCCGAGGAUGGAAAGCCGCUCUUAGACAAGGUGUCAGUGGAUUGUGACGGGAGAGCAGGCUUGAUCUGCGGAACUGCAGAAGAAGUCGAAAUUGCGAGGAAGGCUUUGCUCGGUUGA